UCUAUACACUGUCCUCUUACUAUAAUAAGGUUCCAGAAAACCCCAUGCUCUGUACCCAUUUCUAGAUCACUAAAUCGCCGAAUUUUCUACAACAAACACAGAAAAUGGGUAGCCCUCAUGUGCUUCUUGUAACUUUUCCUGCACAAGGGCACAUCAAUCCAUUGCUUACAUUUGCCAAGACCCUUAUUAGGAAUGGCAUUGAAGUCACCUUUUCAACAAGUUUAUAUGCCCAACGUCGGAUAGCGAAAGCUACUGACGACAUAACCAACGGCAUUACUUUUGCGGCAUUCUCCGAUGGGUUUGAUGACGGUUGCAAAUCCGAUGAUGAUCGCGAUCGAUACAUGAUCGAGUUCAGAAACCGUAGUUCCAACACUAUAAGAGAGACGAUUCUUGCCAGUGCCGAGCAAGGCCGCCCAGUUACGUGCCUAGUUUACAGUCUACUGUUUCCAUGGGCAGCAGCGGUGGCACGUGAAAUGCAUAUCCCGAGUGCUCUUCUGUGGAUUCAACCAACCACUGUGCUGGAUAUAUACUACUAUUAUUUCAAUGGCUAUGGUGAAGAAAUUAGUAAGUCCUCUGAUGAUCCCACCUGGGCAAUCCAGCUGCCUGGACUUCCAUUGCUGGCUAAACGUGAUCUUCCUUCUUUUGUGCUUCCUCCAAGUAGCGAUCACAAAGUCUUUGCUCUUUCAUCAUGUAAGGAGCAUCUAGAAAUAUUAGAUGCAGAAAAAAGGCCAAAAGUGCUUGUGAAUACGUUUGAUGCGUUAGAGCCUCAUGCACUCAAGGCAAUUGAAGAUUACGAGUUAAUUGGGAUUGGACCCUUAAUUCCCUCUGCUUUCUUGGAUGGUAAAGAUCCAUCAGAUAAGGGCAUUGGUUGCGAUCUAUUUCAGAAAUCAGAGGAUUAUGUGCAGUGGUUGAACUCCAAGCCUGAAUCUUCUGUGGUUUAUGUGUCAUUUGGGAGUCUCCUGAGGCUUCCAAAAGUUCAAAUGGAGGAGAUUGCUAAAGGAUUACUUGAGUGUGGGCGACCAUUUUUGUGGGUCAUACGAGUAAACGAAAACCCAGAAGAAGAAAAAGAUGAUAAGCUAAGUUGUUUGGAAGAAUUGGAAAAACUGGGGAAAAUAGUACCAUGGUGUUCUCAACUUGAGGUCCUAACACACCAUUCGUUAGGGUGUUUCGUGACUCAUUGUGGAUGGAAUUCGACGUUGGAGUGUAUAGCAUGUGGUGUUCCCGUGGUGGCGUUUCCACAAUGGGCUGAUCAAGGGACUAAUGCAAAGCUGAUGCAAGAUGUGUGGAGGACAGGCCUAAGGGUGAACCCAAGAGAAGAUGGCACAGUUGAGAGCGCCGAGAUUAAGAGGUGCAUUGAAACAAUAAUGGACGGUGGAGAAAAAAGUCGAGAAUUCAGAGAGAACGCUAGGAAUUGGAAGAAUUCUGCAAGAGAAGCUAUGCAGGAGGACGGUUCUUCCACUAAGAACUUGAAGGCCUUUGUUCAGGAGCUUGGAAAUAAUUGUUAAGUCAAGAAUUUUCCACUUAGGAUUUAAUUUAUUUUCAUUUUCAAAUCGUCCACCACCUUCAUAUUCAGCGCAGAUUGCUCCAUUAGUUCAAGAGUGGCUUUGUCUAGGUAAACGUCUUAGCUGUCUAUGCACCUGUCAUUCAAUAUUUUAGUCUUUUUGUCUUUUGUACCGAGAACAAAGUGCUACAAUGUUGUGAGAAAAGAUGCUUUAAUAUCUUGUUAUGACGAGUUGAACCUUUUUUUCUUUGGAUGCAUGUGUAUUUUUCGUUU